CUCAAAUGGAUUCUGUUUCAGGGGCAUGUUCCGUUGACAAGUUGUCCGGGAUGGUCAGCAUCAGGGAAGAUGUGACUCCCCUGAUCGUGGAAUGGAAGGCCAUUGAUCGGCUGAAAACCAUCUCUAUUCCAUUGAACAGUUUGAAUAACUUACAGGCCACCAAAGAGGGAUCACCCAAGAUGAUCUUAAAGAUCGUGUAUAAGAUAGGCAACCAGGAAGAGAAGUCGAUAAGGUUGACCUUCAAUAACCGUCCAACCAUGAACAACAUCAAAGAUUCCCUACAAACCAUCGUGGCAAGACAGAGAACCAUCAUCAAGGAUCUGCCAGGACCUCCAUCAUCUGCGGGUACACCAGGAGCAUCUGGUAGCCCAGGGACCCCUACAGCUCCCUCCACCCCUGGAACCCCAGCACCACCGCAGGCCUCUACACUUGGGUCCUCGUCCAUGUCUUCAGACUCACUCUCCGAUGCCAAUCUCCUCAAGAACCUUCAAUUACAACAGAAGUUACUUUUGGAAGACAGAAACCUUCGUAAUAUCUUCACUCAAUCGGUGAUGAAUUUCAAGCUUUCGCCUACCAUUUUUUGGUCGAGUCGUUUGAAUCAAUUGAGAACGUAUGCGUUGACCAUAUCCCAGCAUAGGGGCCCUUAUAAUGUGUUGUCCACUAUCAAACCAGUCGCCACCUCAGAUAAUCAAGUCAAUGUCAAUGUUACUAGAGAAACAAUCAAUGAAAUUUUUGACACAUAUCCUAUUAUUAAAAAGGCAUUUAAAGACUUGGUGCCAGUGAAGAUCUCCGAAGGUGAGUUUUGGUCUAGAUUCUUCAACUCGAAAUUAUUCAGAAGACUCAGAGGUGACAAGAUCAAUACUUCAAACGAUAGAGGUGAUGUUGUUCUCGAUAAAUACCUUUACAUAGACCAAGAUUUCAACGAGGACGACGGAACUAGUGAACCUGUCAGGAAGAAACCAGAUAUCCGAGUGAACAAGUUUAUUGAUAUUCUUGGAAAUGAGGAUGACAACUCUUCUAAGCUCGGAAAUAGACCCGAUAUGACCAUGAGAUUUUCCGAAGAUGGAGAGAAAUUGUCACAGAGCCAAGGUUCUGGGGGUUCUCCUCAAUUACAAAGAAGAGGAUCGACUGUGAUUGCUGGGCAAGAAAACGAAAUGAUCAUUUUGAUGAAGAACAUGAACAAACUUUCUUCAAAGAUGGUGAAUAUGAGUCAGGAUAUUCAGAACCAACCAGAAGAACAUUCGGGCGUUUCCCAAUAUGAUUUUACAGACGAAUUAAACUUACAUGACUUAAACGAGAUUGAGGACCCCCACUUCAUAAGAUUAAACAUAGAUCCAGACUUGGAAAACAAAAAGAUAGGUCCACAGGCUACUGGGGAGUCGCCUGGUGGAACACCAGCCAUUGCAUCAAAACUCGAUCCUCAAACUCUAAAGGAUUUUAUAUUGUCAAAUCAAUUUGCAGAAAGCGCAAGUGGAUUGGAUCUUACCGAUACUUACAAAUCCAAGAAUGACGAGAUUGAGAAAACAUCAAAUGAAAUUUUGCAGUUAGUCAAGCAAAAUUUCCGUACACAUAAACUAAUUACCAAGGAGUACACAGCAGGCGAAUCAGUGGCCAAGAAUUUGAUCCCUGAAUCUCUUAUACAAGAAAUCAUCACCUAUAACAUGACUAUUGUUGAAUUCCUCUCGCAUUUCUGGAAGCUAUUCCUUGGAGGAAAUAACCCAAACCAGCUCAAGAAAAUAUUCGUCAGUCUCAAGAACUGUCAAAAUGAUUUAAAUGCAUUGAAGGAGCGAAGCAUCAAAAGUUUUGGUGAAAUCGAGCUUGUAAAAACGAACGAUAAACUAAAAGACAAGAUCAUCAAGGAUUUCCACAACUGCAUCAGUCCAAUGGAAAUAGGGUUGGAGAAGGCUUGCGAGGAGUAUGUCAAGGCUGUGAAGAAAGAGCAGGAGAAGGAGAAGGAGUUGAACGAGAACGGUAAAAGAGCGUUGGAGGUAUAAACAAAUUUACAAAUCAAUGAUGAAAAUGUAUAAGAACUAUCUAUCUUAGCUAACUUCAAAGCAUUAGAAUUACAUCAAUUGGACAUAACACCUUUAGAUAUGUACACAAGUCUCAAUCAAACUGGUUCGCCAAAUUAUCAUUGCUUGUAUUAGCGCAGUUUUUACAA